AUGGCAAGGCGACGCACCAAGAAACGAACUCAUGUUGCGCCUGCCAAUCUUAACAAGUCGACAGCCCGCGUCGACACAGGAAAUGGUUCUGUGCGCGACCCAAAGAGCAUGGUCAUCCGAAUUGGGGCCGGAGAAGUAGGCUCGAGCGUCAGCCAACUCGUCUCGGAUGUCCGCAAGGUUAUGGAGCCCGGUACGGCCAGUCGUUUAAGAGAAAGGAGGGCGAACCGGCUGCGCGACUACGUGACCAUGUGCGGCCCUCUUGGAGUUACUCAACUUCUAUUAUUUUCGCGCUCGGAGUCAGGUAAUGUUAACCUGCGAGUCGCAGCUGCUCCUCGGGGUCCUACGCUGCACUUCCGAGUCGACCGCUAUUCACUGAGCAAAGACGUCCAACGGGCACAAAAACACCCAAAGGGCGGUGGCAAGGAAUACAUUACACCUCCAUUGCUGGUAAUGAAUGGCUUCAAUCUCGCAACCAACAGCGACGCCAAGGUUCCCAAGCACCUUGAAUCACUCAUUACAACUGUCUUCCAGUCUCUUUUCCCUCCCAUAAACCCGCAAGCUACACCGUUAAAGUCAAUGCGAAGAGUUCUCCUGCUGCAACGCGAGCAGCCCGAUGGUGUUGCAGACUCGUUCGUUCUCAAUUUUCGCCAUUACGCCAUCACUACGAAAACCACGGGUAUAUCAAAAGCCCUCAAGAGGCUGGAUGCUGCUGAGAAGCUUGUGCACUCGAAGAAGACAAAGAAGGGUGGUCUUCCAAAUCUUGGGAAGUUACAGGACAUUGCAGACUACAUGGCCGGUGGUGAAGACGGCGAAGGAUAUGUUACUGAUGGGGCGACCAGCGGAAGUGAGGCCGAGACUGAUGCAGAGGUUGAGGUCAUAGACAUAACAGCAAGUAAAGUACAGUCUCGAAAGGCCCGGGCAUCUGUGGUAAGUUCUGACCACAACGAAGGUGACGAUAGUCUUCUGGCAGAUGAACCAGAUGCAGACGUUGAAAAAAGGGCCGUUAAGUUGGUAGAGCUUGGCCCGCGCAUGAAGCUCAGGUUGGUCAAGGUCGAGGAGGGAAUGUGCCAAGGUCAGGUUAUGUGGCAUGAGCACAUUCACAAAUCGAAGCAGGAGAUCAAAGAGCUCAAGGAACGUUGGGAACAACGGAAACGGGAUAGAGAAGCCCGAACGAGACAACAGAAGGAGAACAUUGCGAGGAAGAAGCAAGAAAAGGUCGGUGUAGGCAAAAGGCACGGCAAGGCCGGUGAUGAAGAUGCAGAUAAGGACGACCUCGACAGUGAUGCCUACGAAGAAUUCGACAGCGAGGGCGUGGCGGGUGACGCGGAGAUGGAGGCGAAUGGACUGAUGGGCGACGCUGGCGAAUGGGAGGAUGAUAAAGAAGACAUCGCCCGCAGAUAG